UGAGCGCUAGCUGCUUUCCCCCGACCCCUGCCCAGUGCCCCCUCGUCCAGUCGUCCUCCCGGUUCCCCAGCCCCGCGCCCGUCGCCGAGACGCCGAUCGACGGUAGCUUGGCCGCGCCGCCCCAAGGGUUCGCAAGCGAGGAGACCAGGCUAUAAAUGGCAGGAAGACACCGUGUACCCCGGCAAUACCACGAUGACCCUCGAGGAUAUCGUGAUGCUCCACCUCCUCCCCUAUCACGAACAAGGGCUGCCUCUCCACGUCGCUUGGAGGAGGAAUUGUCUACUCGCCGUGCCGAGAUGCGCAGAAUCCAUGAAGACAAUCAGCGUCUGGCAGAUGAAAUUGUUGGUCUUAGGCAAACCAUGCCUCGUUUGAAGGAAGACCUCCAUGCCUCAAGUCAGGCUGUACCUAAGCUCCGGGCAGAGAAAGAACUUGAAUCGAGGGAGCUAACUCAGAGGAAUCUGAAGCUGGAAGCUGAGCUACGUUCCUUAGAACCCCUUAGGCAAGAUGCUUUGCAUCUGCGAUCUGAAGCGGGUAAACUACAGUCUUUGAGGCAAGAGCUGGCUGCAAAGGUUCAGGGUCUAUUAAAAGAGCUUGAGCAUCAGAAAUCUGAAAGCCAGAAAAUACCUGCUAUGAUAGCUGAGCGUGAUGCUCUGCGGCAAGAAUUGAUCCAGGCUAGGGCAGGGCUUGAGUAUGAGAAGAAUGCAAAGCCAGAGCUGACAGCACAGGUGCAAGCAAUGGAGAAGGAUCUUGUAGCUAUGGCUCAGGAGGCUGAGAAGCUGAGGGCUGACAUUGCAAAGAGAAGGGCACCUAGUUUCAGCAGCCAUGGAACUUAUGGUGCACCUUUGUCGACUCCUGGGAUGGGUUUGCAAGGCAUGUAUGAUGGUGGCUAUACUUCAAUGGGGAGUCGCUAUGGCAGUGGGCCUUGGGGAUCGCAUGAAUCCCGUGGUUAUCCACAACCGUAAUUGGGCUUCUGAUUGCAUUCUCCCCUGGACAGUUCCCUUUCUUCAUAGUGCAGUUGGGUUCUGAGUAGAGUACUGUGACUAAGCUUAGGCUUGUGCAAUCUUUGCUGGCCAAUACACAGAACUAUACCAGCUCAGGUUUAUCUUGGUACCUUCCAUUAGUCAGAAAAUACAAUCCAGUCUAUUAAGAAAACACAUGCCCAUUAGCCUUAGUUUACUGCAAUAAAGGGAAAACCAGGUAAUCUGCACCUUAUUUGUUGCAAAUCACAAAAGAAUGUACGGACACAAUGGCAUCUGUCGGGCUAAAUAUUGUCUCAGUACUUGCUUGGUCUGCGUUGCGGAAGUCAAUAGGCCCUCAUUUGCUCACUCGCAAAAUCUGCAAUGAGUGGCCUAAUGAGCUGUUUCCUGGACUCACUAAGGAGGGCAAAUUUAGGUGUUCUGCUUCGAAAAUGUUCAUAAUUAACGUAUUUGAAUAGCUAUUUUGAACUUGUACUUGUUAGCAUUGCUUCUGUGUUGUGGGGUGCUUUUGUGGGUAUAGCUUGGCAACAUGCAAUGGCUUAUUUGAUUGUGGUGUUCUAAAGGCACUUUAUCCACUUGUGGUACGCUUGGUAGUUGGUGCUGUACUGCCGACUGCCGUAGCUUGGUUUCUGUACGCAGUAUGCUAAUUGCUGAGCAAAGGGAAACGGGUGGUUCUAACUGUGGUGUUA